AUGUUCGGCUUGACUUUAUUCGACCUGGUAAACGUUACUGCCGGUCUCUGCGGUGUUUACAUCGUUGCGCUGUCCGUGUGGAGAAUAUAUUUUCAUCCUUUGGCGGGGUUUCCUGGUCCACGACUGGCAGCGUUGACCUUGUGGUACGAAUCCUACUUCGAUGUUUUCCUGGGAGGUCAAUACUUCAAGGAGAUUGAUCGCCUCCACGCGCUUUAUGGCCCAAUUGUUCGGAUCAGUCCCAAUGAACUGCAUGUCAAGGAUCCCAACUGGUUCGCGGAGCUCUAUCCGGCAGGAAAUACUCGAAGACGAGACAAGUAUGCCUGGUUUCUCUCCGAAGGGACGGAUGCGACCAGCUCAGCGACAGUACACCACCAUCUCCAUCGGCAGCGUCGUGCCACAUAUGCCCCCAGCUUUUCAAAACAAGCCAUCGUCGGGUAUGAGCGAACCCUGAUCGCGCCCGCCGUUGAGGGUAUGUGUGAGACCCUCGACCAAUAUGUCUCGCAGGGGAAACCCGUGGUAUUAGGAACUGCCUUCGCCAGCAUUACAAUCGAUGUGGUGUUGCAGAUAUGGUAUGGAGCACCAGCUGGGCAGCCCCAACUUUGGUCUUGGUUUCCCAAAUGGACAAAUCCACUACCAACUCUGCUCGGGGCGUCACACGCCCUACGACACUUUCCACAGCUUUUCCUCCUCCUGUCACUUCCCAGUUCUUGGCUCAAAAAUAUCCCGGAUGUUUCAUUUAUUCUGAAUUUACAGGAGGCCUCAAAUAGCCUCGCAGCGUCUGCUAUAGAGGCAAAGAAACCAAACGUCUUGCAUAGAGUCUAUAGCAGUGCGCUGCCGUCCGGAGAACGAUCUCCCAAGCGACUGGCCGCGGAGGGUUUUAGCUUUGUUAUGGCGGCAACGGAGAGCACAGCUCAAACUGUAGCUUCAAUUCUGUACCAUUUGGCCGACAACCCUCCCAUUUUGCGAGAACUGCGAGCUCAAAUGGGCCGAGUGAUGGAGGAGUGCCAGGGUGAGCCAACCUGGAAUGAUCUGGAGCAGCUGCGAUACCUUCGCCAUAUCGUUAUGGAAGGCAUGAGAGUCACUGCAUCUGUGACUGGCCGAUUGGCUCGGGUCGCCCCAGAUGAGACGCUCACAUAUGGAACGUGGGUGAUUCCCCCGGGCACACCGGUCAGCAUGGAUCAUCAUUUCACCCAUCUGGAUCCCUCAAUCUUUGAAGAUCCAACUAGUUUUGACCCUUUCCGCUGGCAGAGAGCGGCAGAUGAGGGAAGUCCGCUCGAUCGGUAUUUGAUCCCGUUCGGCCGUGGAAGUCGCAUGUGCAUUGGCAUCAAUGUUGCAAAAGCAGUAAUUUACCGGACCAUUGCAGAGAUGGUCUUACGGUACGAUAUGGAACUCUAUCAGACGACGAGAGAGGAUGUCGACAUUGUGCGCGAUAACCUGAUGGGAGCUACCAAGGCAGGCUCACAGGGCAUUCGACUGCUUCUAUCUAAACGAGAGGAAAAGAAACUCGUGAGCCUGGCCAAUUAA